GAGAGAGAGAAAGAGAGAGCGAGCGAGCGAGAGAGAGAGAGAGCGUCGUUUUUGCACAGAGAGGGAGAGAGGUCUAGAAACGUUGGAGCACCAAAAGAAGAGAAAGACUCGCUGUUGCGCCUGAUUUCAACACUUUGCGACCCAAAACAAAGCGAAAAGCUACUUUUUCAUUGGAAAAAGUUGCAGAAGCGGCCAUGGACGGACUAGGAACUGGACGCGCGGCGCUCCUGUGCACCUUGCUCCUCUGGGCAUUCCAAAUUUGCAGUGCCGGUGUGUCUGUGAAGGUCUAUCCUGAGGUAGAGGUGAUCAAAGGGCAGACAGCCCGACUGCCCUGCUCCUACUCCGGCUCACAGUCAAGCAGCACUAUUGUUGAAUGGUUUAUUGAGGAGCAGGGAUCCAGGACCCGUGUGGCUUUCCGCCCCGAAAGCGGGGAGGGAGGAAGCGACAACGGCACACCUCUGAGUGGACGAGUCACGAUUGGGAAGAACUUUACUUUGACCGUCACGUCCAUCAAACCCUCUGACGAGCUUACGUUCAUCUGCCAGGUCACAGCUGGUCCUGAUGGGUCUGGAGAAGCCAGCACCAUGCUCAAAGUUUUCUAUGCACCAGAGAGUCCACAACUCACAAAGUCAUCGACUCAGGCCAUUUCAGUUGGACAGUCCUUCCCGUCAGAGAUCGGCAGCUGCAUUUCGAAAAAUGGUCACCCCCCGCCAAGAAUCAUCUGGUUCAAGAAUGACGUUCCACUUCCCGAAAUCAAAGACAAAAAAGAAAAGACCUACAUGGUUCCCUCUGUGGUGAAGGAGUCCUCGGGCCUCAUCACCAUCAAGAGCAUCCUAUACAUGCUUCCCACCAAGGCCGACAAAGACUCCAGGUUCCAUUGCACCGUGGAGUACAAACUUCCAGAGCAGCAAAUCAAACAGAUGACGUCUAACGUCAUAAAACUUGAUCUGAACUAUCCAUCUGAAAAAGCAAUGUUUAGCAUACAAAGCUCUGUUCCAAUCAAAGAGGGCGACGAUGUUAUCAUGAAGUGCGAGACCGACGGGAACCCUCAGCCGACAGAAUUUGAAUUUAAGAAAAAUGACAAAGACAUCGUGGGUACCGUCAACCUCCUGAAACUGAAAUCUGUCAAUCGUAGCGAUUCAGGUGAAUACAUGUGUCACCCCUUGGACUUCGAGAAUCUGGAUGCGGAUCUGAAAGCCUCGCUCCACCUUGAUGUCAACUACAUUGACCCCAUGAACGUGACCCCUAAGGAGCCUCAAGUCGUCAUGCUUGACGGCAAGGUGGCAUGGCAGUGUAAGACCAAGGCAUCUAAAAGCCAUACUGUCCAAUGGAAAAAGGGCUCUGAGGUCCUCUCACAAGAUGGCACUCUAUCAAUAGAACCUGUUACCUAUGAUAAAGCUGGAGAGUACGUGUGUGUCGGAGCUGUUCCAACUGUGCCAGGUCUCUCAGCUGUGGCUCGUGUCAACCUCACUGUAAAAGGAAAGCCAGUGAUUGAACCUGCGUCUGCUGGAGAGGUGAUGAAGGAGGGAGACACUGUGACCCUGAAGUGCACGGCUUACGGUCAUCCCGCGCCUCAGUUCACCUGGACGCCCUCAGGGAAGCAGUCCGUCACGGUGGAAGGUAACAAGGUGGUGAGCACCGUGACCCUAGAAGCUACGAACGACGUUAUGCAGAAAGGGGUGACCUGCGAGGUCGCCAACGAGUACGGGAAAGAUAGCAUGCCCUUCCCUGUAGCUCUCAAACGAGACGCUGGCGGCUCAGCUGAAGUGCUGCUCUCUGGAAACCCUGUGCUAAAGUCAGCUGAGAGUCAGCAGGGAGGCUCCAGCGCGGUGGUGAUAGCCGUGGUGGUGUGUGUUCUGCUGCUCCUGCUGCUGGUGGCCCUCAUCUUCUUCCUGAGUAAGAAAAGCAAGCUACCCUGUGGCAAGAAGGACAAGAAGGAAGUGGACAAGACCGAGGUGAACAACGACAUCGUGGUGGAGAUGAAAUCUGCAAAGACCACUGAACAGUCCGAACUUCUCAUCAAAAACACGUCCAAGGAACAGUGAUGAAACCAGAUGAUGGACAGAACUCCGAAGGAUGAAGGGAAGAGGAGGACAGCUACAAAGACAACAGGAUUAUUUUGGUGUUUUUCUACAUGAGAGCGGUGGGGAGUGAUUACUGUUGGUGGUUUUAGGACACGUGAUGCUUAGCACUGGUUAUGCUUGUUUUGUAACUUGGGUCAGACCAGAUGGGUGGAGCUUCUCUUGCUCCAUCCACCUUGCGCUUUCUCAGGUUCAAAACCUAAUUAUUAAAGCAAAAUCACUGGAUGAGAUGAUCACAACUUCUUCUUCCCUUUUUUUUAAAUUGCCAGUCACAUCUUCUGCAGAGUAGACCUGCACAGUGACUAGACUGAAACACGACUGGAUUUCCUUCCUAAUCUGUCCAAAUUAUAACACAAAAUGAGAGAAAUAGUUCACUUCUUGGUUUGUUUUGUAUCAUUCACAUUUUCUCUGGAUUGAAGUCUGCACUUAAUCUCUUCUGUCUGCUGUUGGCGUUGGGGGUUCAACUGUAACAAGCUGUAAUUGAUUUAUUUCAGAAAACACUCAAACACACUGUAAGAUUAAUUUUUCUCUGUUUUUAUGUGUUAAUCUGCCUUUUUCAUGAAUGUUUUUAUUAAUCACAAUUAGUUUUCGACAUAAACCAGCUGGAUAUUUAAUCAUCUGUAGAAUUUUAAACCAGUUGUGAAACUACCAAAAAGCAAAACAAGCUUUUAUUUUGUAAUUUCUACCACGAAUGUAAAUUAUGUCCGUUUUCUUGUUUUCUCUGUACAUUUAACUGAGCACACCUGCAGAGCGUUGCAGCUCUUUAGCUCUCUGGGUUUUCUCUGCAAGGUUGGAGUAAAUCACAAACUAGUGUGUUUUCCAUGAAAUCAGACGUUCCUAGGCCUGCAGCCACAGAUUCAUGUUAGAAAUAAACUCUGACAGAGUUUUGCGUUAGCGUGAAUCAGAAUUGUAGGUGUGUGUGUGUGUGGGGGGGGGGGGGGGGGGGGGGGUGUCGUUGUUGCGAGUGUUUGAGGUACUUUUUUUUUCUUUAAACUCUGAAAGAUUUUAGAUUGUCCCAGCGUUCUUUUUUUUUCUUCAUCUUUGUACGUAAACCACAACUUUCGUCCUUUUUCUGUCAGUUGACCAGAAACCAAAACCACUGGAUAGCAUGAUCACGCGCCUGCUGUAGUCUGAUGUAAAUAUUCUACACUGGAACGGUUUUCUUUUUUAAAAAAAAGGCCACCUCAAACCUGCCUUUUUGCCAUUUUUUAUGCUUGUCUACUGAUUCCACUCAGACUGAUGGUGUCAUGAAACUUUUUUGUUGCCAUAUUUCUGUAAAAUGCUGUGGUAUGAAAGUAGCUUUUUUUUAGGGAGGGGGUGUUAUUUCUUAACUACUGAAUUUUUUUUUCUUUCACUUGUUGGGAGAGGAGAUUUUUUUAUAUGAAUUUAGGGUUUUUAUUGUAAAUGAGAUAUUCUCAGUGCUUUACUUUUCUCUUUUUUAUUGUAUACUGUAUAUUUUGUGGUACACUGUUUGUGACCCAUGUGGUGUGUUGAUGUAUCAUUUUAUCUUGUCCAGCUGUGUAGAAUUUAUUAUGAAAAGACCUCAAGAAAGCCAGUUACACCCCA